AUGGCUAGCAAGACUAACAAGAUAUGGCCCGAUCGCCAUAGCCAACUUCCGAAGCUCUACGAAAAGACCUCUGGGCCGUACGACGCCCCCGAUGGAAACCUGUAUGUUGGGUUUGGAGAGGUGAGUGAAAAGGGGUAUGCUCCCGAUGGUAGCAUGUACUUUCGUGUCAGACCCAUAUUGGACGCCGAGCACGUAUUCCAUGACGCCGUUACAGGUGAGCCCAUGCCAAAAGAGUAUUAUCCGACGCCGGCACCCGAGGAAAGGCCAGAAAGGUCCAAAUACAGCCGAAAGGGGCGAGAUAACGGUCUUCCAAAGCCCGGCGACGAAGCAUUUGGGGCGUAUAUAGCGCCGGAUCUGAUGCAGUAUCAUGGCGUAGGCCAGGUUCUCGAGGUUCGCGGAGGACCCGAUUAUAGUCUUAUCUAUGUGCAGCCUAUACCAGGUAAGCAUGGAGACGAAUAUCAGUUCAUCGAACCUUGGUUUCAAAGGCCCAUGGACGAGAAGAAUAUUCCCAGUGCGCCUUAUCCCUUUGAUGACCCGCAAACCUUGGAAAGGGGGAAAAAGACAGACCAUCGGGGACGGCCCUUUCCUUGCGACGCAAAGCUCGGCACAGAGGACCUUGGCUCAUACAUUGCGCCAAAUGGACAGUGGUAUUGCGGUAUUGGUAGAGUGAUUAAGACUGGCCUCAACAUAGUGGGAGAUUUCUACACCUACGUUGAGCCGAUACCGGGCAAGCAGGGUGGUGAGUAUGAUUUCUUUCACCUCUUCACCGAUGACUGGAUGCCCCAAGAUCAGCUUCCCUCUAACCCGCGUAACGACCUGACCCCGGAGGUGGAAGAGGACGCUAAACUGGUGGCCCCAGCAAAGCUCUAUCUUGGGAUCGGCAACGUUAUUGAGGUGGGGACUGAUGAGAAGGGCCACAUCCACGUCUGCAUGGAGCGUGCAUCUGACAGGCGGAUUGAAGAUGCGCCUGGCGAGGGCCACGUUUAUCUUAACGUGGAGCCACUGGAAAGCGAUAUUGGCGGCCCUGAUUGUAUUAAGGUGGAGCUGUCGGAAAGCGAUUUUAGCGAUACUGAUAGCGGGUAUUAA